GGCUCCCCCCUCCUGAGGAGUUCUGGGAACCUUCAUGACUGACUGGAGAGCCAGGGAUCCAGAGCGAGGUGCCGGACAGACUGUUAAAAGCUGUUGUCCAGUGUUGAGGGUGUUGAGAGAGUCCAGUUCUCCUGUUGCUGUCAUGGGCUUUAGGGCGGUGCUGCUGUCCUUCCUCCUGGUGUCACUAAGCUGGUCCAGAGGAGCCGUCAUCACAGGGGCCUGUGACAGAGACGUGCAGUGUGGUUUUGGUCUUUGCUGUGCUGUCAGUCUAUGGCUGAGGGGCCUGAGAAUGUGCGUCCCAAGAGGUGCAGAAGGGGAUGAAUGUCACCCCUUUAGCCACAAGGUGCCCUAUCCAGGGAAGAGGCAACAUCACACCUGCCCCUGUGUUCCCCACUUGGUGUGCACCAGCUACGGUGAAACCAAGUAUAGAUGUACUGACGACUACAAAAACCUGGACUUUUAACAGACGCACAGACAUUGAGAUAAAGAAGAGCGUAGCAGAAACAGCAUUCAGAGCGAAGACUUGAACAGGCUUUGGAUCAGAAACUCAUAUUAAAUCUUCAAUGGCUGUAUUCUUCAUGUGUGUACUUUAUGCACUAUAUUAUAUAGUUGGGAUUCUAUCGUUCCACACGUCACGUGGAAAUGUCAAGACAGUGUAAUCUAUUAUCAAGAGCCACAGCAGACAUCACACUUUUUAAAGUCAUUCGUGAACAAUUAAAAAAGAAAAUUCUGUUUGGUUUUCAUGCUCACCUAAUGUUUAUCAAGAGAAAUGUAUACAUAUUGUCAAUAAAAGUAUAAUAACAUUU